GGGCGCCCUGGGCACCACGGCGCUGCUCCGCAACAUCCAGCGCCUGCUCAAGGUCGCCGCCGAGAACGCGCGCGCCCAGGAGCAGCAGGUGGACCUGGACAAAGCCGAGCUCAAGAUGGACGUGCUGCGCGAGCGGGAGCUCAAGGAGAGUCUGGAGAGGCAGCUCAUGGACGAGACGAGGACGAGAAUGUUGUGGCAGAAGCGACUCCAGAAAGAGAGGAAAGCCCGGCGGCGCCUCCAGGAGCAGCUGGAGCUGGAGAUGAAGCGGCGCGCGCAGCUGGAGGACGCCCUGCGCGGAGGCAACGAUGUCGUGCCGAGGGAGCUGGACCUGGACCGGAAGUCGAAGCCUGGGGACCAGCAGAAGCUGGAGCCGCAACCGGAAGUACCGAAGCAGGGCUCGCCGUCGCCACAGCCGCAGCACCACCAACUUCACCACCACGGCCAGCACCAACAACAGCAGCAACUGCAACAGCAACAUCAGCAACAACAUCAACAACAACAGCAACAGCAGCAGCUUCAGCAACAGAAACACCAGCAGACCUCACCUGUGCCCGACAGAGAACGCCAGUCGCCCGCUGUGCUUGAUUCGCGGGCAAGCUACUACAAAAACUCGGUGCUCUUCGGAGGGGCGUCGUAAGAUUGCCCAAUAAGAAACCCGUUUUCCUUCUCUAGAAAACUAAGCCGGUGUAAUUUAGUGAACGGAACUGUUGGUAUACGUGUGUAAAUACGAUGGCUUCUUCUUUCAGUCGUACCUAAGCUCCAUCUUUUAUAACUUAUUUAUAGAGAGCCCAUUUUGAGGGUGAUUGAAGACAAAUUGUACAAAGUAAUUUAAGUGUGUACAGUGUAGAUGUAAAUAUAAUGUAACGAUCCAGUGUUAACUGUACAGUUUUCGUGUGCACUGGCAUAAUUUAUACCCGUUCCCAUAUCGCCUAGCAAUGCUACAUUUAUGAAACAGUUGAACCAAUUGGUUCAUAAAAACCACUAAAACUACAGCGUCGCUUCCGUCUUAGUCGAGCCAAACCUUCCCACCGAAAAAAAAUGCAGCUCUUCACUCAGCAAUGCACUGCCCAGUUUGUGUUAUUCGAUUUGCGAAGUAGCGAUCGUUGUCAGUAAUCGUGUACAUGUCGCAACGGAAUGAUUUUAAGUAUACUAGUAGCUAUUAACGUGGCUCGAGAGCCCUUUACACUUUAAGAAAUUUUUGUGAUACUUCAUGUGAAUUAUAUAUUAUAUCUAGCAUAAGCGGAUCGUCGUAGAAUCGUUGGCAUAAGUCAAAGCUUUGUUGAUAACGCCAGAGACCUCGCCUGCUUCAACAAACUUUAGGUCACUUCCUUUCGCUCCCAACGAGUAGCGCCGUCACAUUGUUCUUAACCCCUUUCCUUGGCAUAAUUAUAGUAGCUUUGGGAGCCCUUUUUACAUUGAAACUACAAGCUCGAGGCUGUCGGGCGAAAAGUCUCAGCAGUUUGAUGGCGUCUUUGAAUAAACCUGUACCUUAAAAAAUGA